CUGUGCCUGUGCAUCCACUGUGGAGCCAUGUGCCCGGUCCUCCAUAGCAAACCAUUGGGAUCCGAGGCAUGGCAACCCUCUGCUGUCGAUACAGGACUGGUAAAGGUCUGGUGUCCCCCAGUCAUUUUUCAGUCUGGGAAGUUGUAUAUAGUUCCUGGCACAGGUUAAACACACACUCACCAGAGAGCUGCGGCUGCUUGCUGAGCCACCCAGAGGUUGGAUUUCUCUUCAUGGGCAGUACCUGCCCGUUGCAGCAGCUUCUCAGCCUCGAGAGCUCCGAGUUACUCCAGGAUGGUUUUCCGAGGCUGUUGUAUACUGUCUUCCAGUGCCCAGGAGAUGGCACUCCUGCAUUUGGACAGUGUGCAGCUGUUCCCCUUUUCCUGAAGAGGAAAAUCCCAUCGUGGGCUGGCUGUUUGGCUCUGCUGGGGAGGGAAGUGGCUACAUUUUCAGGGUCUGGUGAUUUGUCCUGUUCUGGGAGAUACCAAAGCUGGGGUGGUGAUCUGUGAGAAAAGUCUCUGCUCAGCAGGCAGGCGUUCCUGGGUGCGUAUUGAUGGCGCAAACUCCAGCAACGGGUUGUCACAGUUAAGUAGUUAUCACCAUAGAGGACCUGGAGAUGCGAGGUCCAUGCAGCUGCAGCUCCUCCAGGUGCGAAGACUUUAAUUACAGUCAGGUGAAAGCAUCUGUCAUGAAGCAUCUACAAACUGGAUUAGGGUUCCACUGACUGCAGCUGUCUAUGUUGGGUUUACUCCACCCAUUUAUACUGUACCUCCAUCGGAGGUACCUAAGAUCUGUGCCUGGGUGUUUUCCAGGCACGUGUGCUUCUUUCAGGAUGUGGGGCUGGGAAAGAAGUUACCAGGAACUAGAGAGAAAAGAAGUGGUUUAGGUCUGAAAUGAUAUGUGCUGUGUCCCUCUGUGGCUCAAGCCAGUGAGCAGAUGCUCAUGACACAGGUCUGGUUGGGAUGGCACAUUCCACAUCCUGUAUUUAUCCUGGAUCCACUGUCAUGGAGCAGGAGGUUGAUGCAUCAAGCCCUGCCUGCCUGCCUCUCUCAGGAAACCUCAGAGGUGAAGGUUCGGAUUUAGACUGGAUAUUAGGAAAAAAUUCUUUCCUGUGAGAGUGGUGAGAUCUCAGCACAAGUUCCCCAGAAAAUCUGUGGCUGCCUCAUCCCUGGAAGUAUUCCAGGCCAGGUUGUUCUUGUGGAAGGUGUCCCUGGUCUAGUGGAAGGGGAAUGGAAUGAGGUGAGUUUUAAGGUCUGUUCCAACCCAAAUGAUUCUAGGAUUUGAUAAUUCUUAGAUUUUAAGGACUGCGUGACCACAAGGUGUGUAAAUCCCACCAUACCCAAGCUCAUAGCUGUUCUCUGUCACAUUUGUUAUUUGUAUCCCCUCUCCUGCUGGGUCACAGCUUGGAGUAGGUUUUCCUGGGGCUGUUUCUCAGCUCAGCACUUGGCUCAGUGCCUUGGCCUGUGUUGUGCUGAGCUGAGUGCCCGUUGCUAUAAUUUUACCUGUUUGUAUCCCUUGAUCUGUGUUUGUUCCCUUGAAAGUGCAGGGAGAUCCAUUAAAGCAGAGGCACUGGGUAAAUACCGCCUGCUCCUCACUCCACCAGCACCCGGGAUCAACGAUUAACUCCGGGUAAACAGAGCUGACUGCCAGUCAGCCCUUGGCCACAGCAAGGAGGGACAGGGGACCCAAAGUGCUCCUCCCCAGGUGUGUGGGGAAUGUAAAGGCUGGAGUUGGAUGCAAAAGCUGGACGCUGCUGGAGCAGGACACUGGCAUGGAACUGAAGCUCUGGUGCCUGGUGGCCAUUGGACACAUCCUGCUGAUGGUGUGCCAUGGGCGGGAUCAGUCACCAGCACUAUAAAUAGAGCUGGCAGCGAAUCUGCCCUGGGGAAUAACUGCUGAACCCUGGAGCGAGGAACAGACAGCGUGGGCUGGGUGGAGGAGGUGCCUAGGAGGAGGCGUGAUGCCAGUAUCCUGUACUGGGGAGCCCAACAGCAUGUGCUCGAUGCCAAUGCAGUGCCUGUAGGGCUUCAGCUCAACCGGGACGUGGAUCACAGUGCUGGACGAGAUCCAUAAGAGCUUCCCAGUAGGUGGCAGGAAUGGCAGGAGCUCAAGUGGGACUACCAGGACCUUUCUUGGAGCCUCCAGUUGGGCCUUGCCCCAUCUCUGACUCUGACUCUGAGUCGGAGGAUCCCAGAGCUGUGGGUGGCACAAGACCCAACGCUGCAGCACAGAACUCCUCCCAGGUCAUUCACAGUGGCCACUUCAUGGUGUCAUGCCCGCACAGCGACUCACUGCCCCGGCGACGGCACCACCAUACUGAGCCCGAACCAGCUGAUCCUCGGAGUAUCGAUCCGACCCUCACCUGGCUCUUUGAGUGCAUGAGCCUGGAGUACAGUGGGAAGCUAGUAUCUCCAAAGUGGAAGAAUUUCAAGGGGCUGCGACUGCUUUGCUGGGAAAAAAUUCGACUCAACAACGUGAUCUGGAGAGCAUGGUACAUCCAGUAUGUGGAGCGGAGGAAAAACCCUGUGUGCAGCUUCAUCACCCCUCUGGAGGGCAUGGAGGCUGAUGAGCACCGAAAACCAGAGGCUGUUGUGCUGGAGGGCAACUACUGGAAACGCCGCAUUGAGGUGGUGAUGAGGGAGUACCACAAAUGGAGGAUCUACUAUAAGAAGCGGCUCCGAAAGUCCGCACGAGAGGGAGAGAUCUGCAGUCCAAAGCAGGACGAGGAUGUCUGGAGGCCAACAGAGAAAUGGUGCAACCAGCUCUUCUGCAAUGUAGUGCCCAUGCUGCUUGGGGAUGAGGAGGAGGAGUGCGGGAGCAGGCAGCAUUUUGAUUUGGACACCUUCCUUUCGGACAUAUCUGAUACCCUCUUCACCAUGACACAGAUGCCCAGCACCCACCAGGCACUCCCUGAGGAUGUGUACGUUGGGAACGCUGACGUGAUACAGCCGGAUUUGGCACCCCUGCAGCCCAGCCUGGAUGACAUGGACAUAUCAGGUCCACUUGUGCCGGUCACUGUGUCUCCACUUGGCUCUGCAGAAAUCUUCACCAGCCACCGGCCACCCCUAUCUCAGACACAACCGGGCUACCAGGAUCCAUCCUGCUUCUCGCCUAUGGCUGAACCCCUGUUCAGCAGUGGGGAGUCCCUGAUGGGUGCUCGGAGUCUGCCUGUGAGUCCCGAGGCCCCAGUCCUACCUGGCACCCUCUUCCAACCCAGUGAUGCCUCCCAGCUCAGCCUCCACAGCACCUUCCCGGGCUCCGAGCUGCCUCCGGCUCCCCUGCCCCCCGAACACCCCGACGUGGCACCCAGCAGCCUCAGUCCCCAGCUCCGACACAAGCCCACACUGCAGUACGACUUCCCUGGCAAGUGCCUCAGCCUGGAGCCACCAACACCCCACUAUGUCCCCACCAUCCCAUCCCCCCAGGCACCACUGCUGAGCCUGGAACCCUCCUUCUCCCCUGCCUCAACCCCUCUCUCUAAGUUCCCUUACAGCAGUUCACCUGACCCCUCACUUGUCACCCACACUACCUCCCCUCCCUCAAGGCCUUGCUUUUCCCCCUGCAUCCCAGGGCUGGGCUAUGCCACAGGCAUGGGGCCCCAGGGAUACCCCGGCCCUGCUGUCUCCCAACUCCUCCCCCAAGCCCUGCUGGGCAACCCCAGGUUUGCUCCCUCCAAGGGGCUGCCCCAGGGUGGAGGUGGGUGGCCCAGGCCAAAGUCCAGCGGCACCAAGGCAAGAAGGCUGCCAGGACAUCCCCUGUCCCACCUGCCUGAGCCCAACCCCUGCCUGAGCCAGCUCCUGACCACAGCCAAGCAGGACCUGGUGCUGGAUCCCCCUUGCCUGAUGGGUGCAGGACUCAUGCCCACAGCCCCUGUCUCACCGCAGCAGAGCACUGUCCCCAAAGUCCCUGCCACCUUCCUCUCCAGAAUGGCCCAGAUGAGCCCAGGACUGGCUCCUGGCUCCAGCCCUUCCCAAGUGUUGCUGCACACAGUGGGCAUGCAGCCGAGCCCCCUACAAGUCCCCAAGGCAGAGCAGCUGUCCCCCACCUUGACUUGUGGCAGUGACUGGCGCAAGCCCAGCCAGGCUUCCCCAGAACCCACUGCAAAGCUGGGCACUAGCAUCUCCCUGCACCAGCCUGUGUCUCAUCUGGGAAGGCCUGAGUCCAGCAAGCUGGAGAGCCGCCGCAUCACACACAUCUCCGCUGAGCAGAAGAGACGCUUCAACAUCAAGCUUGGCUUCACCAUGCUGCACAGCUUGGUGAGCACACUGAGUGCUCAGCCCAGCGUCAAGAUCAGCAAGGCCACCACCCUGCAGAAGACAGCCGAAUAUAUCUGCAAGCUGCAGCAGGAGCGGGCAGCUCUGCAGGAUGAGGCACAGCGUCUGCGGGACCAGAUUGAGGAGCUCAACAGCUCCAUCAACCUGUGCCAGGAGCAGCUGCCGGCCACAGGGGUGCCCAUCACACGCCAGCGCUUUGACCACAUGCGUAAAAUGUUUGACGAGUAUGUUUGCUCCUCCACACUGCAGAACUGGAAGUUCUGGAUCUUCAGUAUCAUCAUCCGGCCUCUCUUCGAGUCUUUCAAUGGCAUGGUGUCCACAGCCAGCAUGGAGAGCCUCACCCAAACAUCCCUUGCCUGGCUGGACCAGCACUGCUCCCUCCCAGCGCUUCGGCCAACCGUCCUGAGCUCUCUGCGGCAGCUGAGCAUCUCCACCUCCAUCCUCAGCGACCCGGCCCGAGUCCCCGAGCAGGCGGCACGGGCAGUGGCGGCGCUGGCACGCCCCAGCGCCUCCUCCUCCUCCUGACUGGUCCGGGGUUUCCGGGAUGUCCCACGGGCACCGGCGUGGGGAGCCGAGACUGCGCGAGGGCUGUCCCGCCCCGACCCCCUGCAAUAAAGGACUUGCUGUGCCACGGA